UUUUUUCUGCGCUCGAACAAGCAACUAAUUCUCCAUUUCCUCACGGACGUAUUCUCACAGAUCGCGCGCUCUGCCCACCUCCCUCGGUCGCAACCGCGGUCUCGCUUUGUUUGGCAGCCUUGUUGACGCCUCCACGACGACAGCCGCCGCUUCGACAACUACCUACUCCCAUCCUCAUCUUCACCAUCAGCUCCGGCUUAUAGAUCCACCAUGUCUCACGAGGAGGAUCUGAUCGACUACUCCGACGAGGAGAUCCAGCCCAACGAGGCACCCGCAAACGGCAGCGCAGCUGCGGCAAAGGGCGCCCUUGCGGCAGGCGACGCUGCUGGCGACAAGAAGGGAAGCUAUGUCGGGAUCCACUCGACUGGCUUCCGCGACUUCCUUCUGAAAGACGAGCUCGUUAGAGCGAUUACCGACUGUGGCUUCGAACAUCCUUCCGAGGUCCAGCAGGUUACCAUUCCGCAAGCGAUUCUCGGCAACGAUGUCCUUUGCCAGGCCAAGUCGGGUCUUGGAAAGACCGCAGUCUUCGUCCUCGCCACCCUGCAGCAGAUGGACGAGAAGCCAGAGCCCGGCGUUGCGACUAUCCUGGUCAUGUGCCAUACUCGCGAGCUGGCCUUCCAGAUCAAGAACGAGUACAACCGCUUCGCCAAGUUCUUGCCCGAGGUCAAGGUCUCCGUCUUCUACGGUGGAACCCCAGUUCAGAAGGACAUUGAGCUUCUGGCCAACAAGGACACCCAUCCACACAUCAUUGUCGGCACCCCGGGUCGUAUCCAUGCGCUCGUCCGCGACAAGAAACUACAACUCCGCAACUUGAAGCACUUCGUUCUUGACGAGUGCGACAAGAUGCUGGACCAGCCAGACAUGCGCAAUGACGUUCAAUCCAUCUUCCGGGCGACGCCUGCGCACAAGCAGGUCAUGAUGUUCUCCGCCACCCUCUCCAAGGACAUCCGUGUCAUCUGCAAGAAGUUCAUGCAGAACCCGCUCGAAAUCUACGUCGAUGACGAGAAGAAACUUACCCUACACGGUCUUCAGCAGUACUACAUCAAGCUGGACGAGCGCGAGAAGAACCGCAAGCUUAACGAUCUUCUGGACACUCUCGAGUUCAACCAGGUCAUCAUCUUCGUUCGCUCAACGCUCCGAUGCACCGAACUCGACAAGCUUCUGCGAGAGUGCAACUUCCCCAGCACUGCUGUCCAUUCCGGCAUCGGACAGGAGGAGCGCAUCAAGCGUUACAAGGAGUUCAAAGAGUUCCAGACUCGCAUCUGCGUCUCCACUGACAUUUUCGGCCGUGGUAUCGAUGUGGAGCGCAUCAACGUCGCUAUCAACUACGACAUGCCGGACAAGGCUGAUGCCUAUCUUCAUCGUGUCGGUCGUGCCGGUCGCUUCGGUACCAAGGGCCUCAGUAUCUCCUUCGUCAGCAGCCCCGACGAUGAGGCGGUUCUCAAGUCCAUUGAGGAGCGCUUCCAGGUUUCGCUUCCUGAGUUCCCGGAGGAAGGUGUCGACUCCGCGACCUAUAUGGACAACUAGGAGGCGGCGUUGACAAGUAUUGGUGCUUGCGUACUUUGAGUGCGUCGUCGCUGUGUUUUUGCACCGCGUCCACCGAGACUGUAAUUUUGGGAUUAUGCAUCUCAGUCUGGUUUUUUUCGAGGAAAAUCUCAGCUUGGCGUCGGAGGGUUCGGCUUUGCGGGCUCAUGUAUUUUAGCAAAGGGAGUGAAUGACUUCACCGCUGUCUCACGGGCAUAUCGGUGAAGAGAAUGACAAAGGUCAAUAUGAAGGAAUGCAAGCGAUGCAACCCAACCGGC